AUGGGGAGGAAAGGAAGUUGGUUUUCUUCUGUUAGGAAAAUUUUCGUAUCCGAUUCCAAGAAAGAUCAGAAACCUCAUCAACCUACUAAGUCAAAGUUAGGAUGUUUUGGACAUCAUGAACAUUAUGUGGAUCCUGAAUUGGAAUCUAGAGAAGUUGUUUCUGUCCCAUCUCUUCCCAGAAGAAAAACGGUUGUUAAACAGAAAAAAACCAACACAGAAGAUGAACGCAACAAACAAGCUUUAUCUUUAGUUUUAGCCACGGCUGUUGCUACAGGCGCGGCCGUGGCUGCUGCUCAGGCCACUCGUCUCGCAACUCUUCCUCCUUGUUAUAUUGGAAAACCAGCUCAAGAAAUAGCAGCUAUGAAAAUUCAAUGCGCCUUUCGCGGAUAUUUGGCCAGGAGGACUUUGCGCGGAUUGAGAGGCUUGGCGCGGUUGAAAGCGUUGGUAAAAGGGAAGUCUGUUCAACGACAGGCGGCUACUACGUUGCAAUGUAUGCAAACUCUUUCGCGAUUGCAGUCUCAAGUUAGUGCGAGGAAGGUCAGAAUGUCGGAGGAGAAUCAAUCUUUCCAACGCCAGUUGCAACAGAAACGCGAAAAGGAACUUGAUAAGUUACAAGCUGCUCCUAUUGAAGAAUGGGAUUAUAGUUCAAAAUCGAAGGAGCAAAUCGAAGCGAGAUUGUUGCAGAGACAAAUCGCGGCCAUGAGAAGAGAAAAGGCUUUGGCCUACUCGUCAACGCAUCAACAAACAUGGAGGAACACUCCAAAGGAAUCGGUUGAUACGACGAUUAUGGAUCCAAACAAUCCUCAUUGGGGGUGGAAUUGGCUUGACAGAUGGAUGGAUUCAAGGCCAUGGGAAGGACAAAACACAAAGGAUGAAAAGAAUCAUCAAUCAGGAAAAGGUGCUGCAUGUAACACUAUGUCUGUUGGAGAAAUCUCCAAAUUGUAUGCUCUAAGAGAUCAAAAUCAAGAUAGUAAAAAAUCUCAUACAAGCCAAAAACCAAGUCAUCAAACUCUAGCUUCAAUACCUAUUAAAGGAAAAGCAAAAAAAUCAUCAAGUGGUUCUUGGGGUGGUGAAGGUGAUUCAAAGUCCAUGCUCAACAAGAAUUCCGAAAGCAAUCGAAGACAUAGUAUUGCGGUGUCUCCGGGGAAAGAAGAUGAAAUCCUUGUAAACUCACCUACAAAGGUUUCAAAGACUAAAACCAAAGUGCAAAGUACUCCUGCAAAGAAGCAGCUUUCUUUGACAGCUUCUGGUGCUGGUUCUGGUACAAGAAGGCAUUCUGUUCCAAGUAAAAUGGGAAUGAAUUCUAAUAAGAAUGGUGUGGCUACUAUUCCUGAAGGGAAAGUGAAAGUGAGAAAUGGAGGGAGCAGGUAG